AUGGCCUCGGCCUCCAUAGAAAAAUUCCCUGGUGCUAUUGAAAUAUCUUCUGUCACACCUACAACGCAGUACGUCUCCAUAAGCACUAAGAAAAAGGCCAACGAAGACCGACUACCGGAAAGUAAUGUGCCUAAUAUGCAGUCCAAUCCAGAAGUUAGUGUACCUACUUAUGAAAAUUUGACCUUGCAACCGCGAACCCAGACAAAUAAGAAUCGUUACGACCGCUCCCCAAAGAAUUCCACUCCUUGUCCAUUUCUUCUGCGUCGAGGUUGGUGUCGAAAGGGAGACCGAUGCGACUUUCAGCAUCUUAAACCAUCUCGCAAUACACAUAAACAUAAUGUCCCCUGUCCUUUUUUGCAGAACAGAGGCUUCUGUCUGAAAGACGAUCAAUGUGAUUUCUCCCACGCUUGGGUACCAACCAGAAGGUCGGUAUUAAAAACCACUACUAGUAGCCAUUUGCCACCUGCCUCUUUUUUAUCCCGAGCGCAAGUGCCAUUGCCACCAAACGUCCACACAGCCCAACCUCAGCAGCUCCAAACGUACAACUUACACCCAUGCGACCCCCAUCUUAUCCAAGGCCGUUAAUGGAAAUCCCACUACCCUCGUCCAGUUUUCCCCGAUUAUCCUCCCCACUACCCUCGUCCAGUUUUCCCCGAUUAUCCUCCCAGAUCCACCAAAACAGAUUUUACUAAAUCCUUCUAAACAGAGCUCCACUCCAUGUAUUUCCCUUGAGUCCUCUCCCACAUGCAUUCCUAUGCUUUUCCCGAUCAGCGAUCUACCAGAAUCGACCCCAACACGAUACUCCUAUUCAGUCCAAAAAACUAAUACACUUGAACGCAUAAAAUUUGAGUCUACGUUACCCUCCACCAAAAUACCAAACCUUUUAAUUUGUAAUCUCCGCUCCCUGACGUUCAAGGUCGACGAACUUGACGCUGUGGUGUCUUUUAACCAAACGGACAUGGUCUGCAUUACAGAGACUUGGUUAUCUCCUCCAAUUCCUGACAAUUUGGCAUCCUUGUCCAAUUUCAAUCUGUUUAGGAACGAUAGACUGGUUUCAAACGGCGGAGGUGUUUGUGCCUACAUAAAUAUCAAUAUUUAUUGUAGACGAAUUGAGGAAUUUAAAAACUCUUCGAUUGAAUCACUGUGGUUAUCAGUGAGACCAAAGAAGUUACCCCGCUCUAUCUCGGUUAUCUUACUGGCUGUUGUUUACCAUUCAACAGCAUCCCGCCAAACUGAAAAUGUAGAAUUGUAUUCCCACAUUCAAACCAAUGUGGACUCAUUUUUAUAUUCCCACCCUGAAGCUUUGGUCCUAAUUACGGGCGACGUCAAUUUUAGAAGCACGGGUCUCGAUGCAAACCAUCUUAAAAGAAUUGCUGGUCUGACGCAGAUAGUCAAGGUAGCUACCAGAGCUGAUGUAACUUUAGACUGGUGUUUAACCAACUCAAAGGUGGAUAAUACUUACGAAUCAAUCCAAUUCCCUCCCAUUGGAACCAGUGAUCAUUAUACGAUUCUUAUGAAAGCCCAACCUUCUCCCUCAAAGCCAGACAAAUCACAUAUAUGGAAACGCGAUCUCAGAGAUAGCAGGAUACGGCCUUUUGGACGAUAUAUCACUACAUUUGACUGGUCUCCCAUCUUGGACAUACAUGACUGUACGUAA